AUGGAAGAUGUUAUUGUGGAAAAUCCUCCACCGAUGUACCAGCUCAAAGAUAAUCUGAGGAAAAGAGGCAUCAAUGUAGACUAUAUAUGUGCAGUGUGCAAUUCAGCUGAAGAAACAGAUGAACACCUAUUUAGGGACUGCCCUAUCAUCCAAAGAGUUUGGGCUUGCGGCCCAUUAGGAAUCCAAGUAGGGGAGACAACUCCUCCUUUACAAACUUGGACACAUAACUUGCUAAGAUAUUUGCUCAUGCAGAGUAGUUAUCAGGGGUGCGUAUUCAUGGCAGUGCUAUGGGCAAUAUGGUUGCACAGAAAUGAGGUGACAUUUGGAAGGGCUACAUCGAAUCCAUGCAGGGUUAUUGCACUACUCAAUGAGUCCACUUCCAGACUCAAAGAUGCAACAAUCCACCCCCGUACACAGGGUGCCUGCUAUGGUGACAGUCCCCCUCAUGUGAGUAUAGGUUGUAUCUGA